AUGGCCCAAUCUAUCUACCACAACCUCCCCUCUCCCCCUCCCACCCCCCUUCUCCACCAUCCCCCGAACCCCCCUCCUCCUCGGCCCCUCCCCCCAUCCACGCCCUCCCCCCGCAUAACCGCCGAUCUCGCUACCAACAACCCCCAUCCACAAGUCACCAUCUACGCCAAACGCGACGACCUCAACUCCGCCUACGCCUACGGCGGCAACAAGACCCGCAAACUAGAGUACCUGCUCGCAGACGCGCUCGCCCAGGGCUGCGACACGCUGGUCUCCAUCGGCGGCGUGCAGAGCAACCAUACCCGCCAGGUUGCGGCCGUCGCGGCGCGGAGCGGGCUUAAGGCGCGGCUCGUGCAGGAGCAUUGGGUUGAGUGGGAGGAUGGCGGGUAUGAUGUUGUAGGGAACAUCCAGUUGUCGCGGUUGAUGGGUGCAGAUGUGAGACUUGAUCCGUCCGGGUUUGGCAUCGAGCAUAAGAAUACCGUUCGGUCUGUGGUGGACGAGUGUGUAGCUGCGGGCGAGAAGCCGUACUAUAUACCCGCGGGGGCAUCAGACCAUCCACUCGGGGGACUGGGCUUUGCGCGGUGGGCGUUUGAAGUCCGACAGCAGGAGGGUGAAAUGGGCAUCUUCUUUAACACGGUGCUUGUGUGUGCCGUGACCGGGUCGACUUUCGCGGGGAUGAUCGCUGGCUUCAAGUUACUCGCCAAACUGUACCCGGAUGAUCCCCCGCGCAAGGUGAUCGGGAUCGAUGCCUCGGCGACCGUGGAUGCGACCCGCGCGCAGGUCCUCCGUAUUGCGCGCAGUACGGCGGCGAAGAUUGGACUGCGCGAGGAGGAUAUCUCGGAGGAGGAUGUGGUUCUGGAUGAUCGGUAUCAUGCGGGGGUUUAUGGGGUGCCUGAUCGGAAGACGUGGGAGGCUAUUGAGUAUGCGGCGAGGAUGGAGGCGUUUAUUACGGAUCCGGUUUAUGAGGGGAAGAGUUUUGCGGGGAUGGUCGAUUUGAUUCGGCGUGGGGAGAUUGAGGGGGGAAUAUCUUGUAUGCCCAUUUGGGAGGGCAGUUGGCUUUGA